CAGGUUCGCUUCCUGGAUCGGCCCGAGGGCGUGCCGCCCAUCAGCGAGCUGGGCUGGGACCCGCUGCUCGACAUGCCCUCCCUGCCCUCGUUUGCAGCCCAGCUGGGCGGCCAGCGGCGGGCCAUCAAGGCGGUGCUGCUGGACCAGAGCUUCAGCGCCGGCAUCGGCAACUGGGUGGCCGACGAGGUGCUGUACCAGGCGCGCAUACACCCGGAGCAGCCGGCGCACUCGGUACCGCAGGAGCAGGUGGCCGCCCUGCACCGAGCCAUCAGCCACGUGUGCCAGGUGGCGUGCGAGGUGGAGGCAGACUCCUCCAGGUUCCCGCCCGACUGGCUCUUCCACCACAGGUGGGGAAACAGCACGCCGGCCAAAGUGGGUGGGCGCAGCAUCGACCACCUCACGGUCGGAGGCCGGACCAGCGCUUUUGUGCCGUCCCUGCAAAAGCUUGAC